UCUCAGCAAGAAGUUCAAGCACCAACACCCCGUGGAUGAUACAUGACGCAUGAUGAGUGCACCACCUCCUGAUCAGCAGGAUGAAGGGUGCCCGCUGCUACCCCAACGUUCACUACGGAGACGACGGCCUGCUGUAUUUCCUGCCGUCGGCCGCUUGAGGGAUGCCGUUGCUGCAAAUCGCGAUAUCCUGGAGUUCGACGUCCAUCCCGACGAACGGAUGGCCUUCCUGACACUCGUGCACAUACACCUGUACCGAUCUUGCUUUCCCCCGACAGAUAGAUCUAAGGACCUCACAUCCCUUUGGACCUCAGCGAAGGACAUUGCAUCCUUGGCAAAUGACACUGAGAAUCGGCUACUUGUCCUAUGGUCGGAGUACCUGGACACGAAUCCAUCACUUCAAGAAAUUCAAUCUGUUUUGUGGUCCGAGUUCCCCUCGCAGCCUGAAUCUGUGCAGAUCCUGAGAGUGGUGGAUUCCUUCCUCGCCGACCAUGUACCACCAGCGUUCUUGACUCAACCUAUCAUUCAAGCCACUAUGAUGGCUACCUGGAGAAUGGGCCUGCGUUGCAGCGAUGACUCGAGGCAUCACGGUUGGCAACGCUUCGAUACUCUGACCUCACCCAGGGCAAUUCAUUUUCUUCAUCUCUUAGGUCACCUUAUCUUCGUUGGCACUCUAGCCCAUUACUUGCUGUACCCCCCCUCAUUCAUUACGUCUUUCAGCUACCGCUGGUACGGUGCACGCGAAACUUUCAUCUUGGUUAUCGCAGCUUCCUCCCUCGUUGCCCCUUGGUCAAUAUAUUCGUUAUCAUAUCUCCUAGCCUUUCUUGGCUUCCUCCUCACGCUACCCUCAGCACCUCUCCCCGGAAGCUUGGCAUUCAGCCUUCCUGCAUAUGGCCCUCAUGGUCCACGUUGUUUCCCUUCACUUCCCCUAUCCACCCGUACCUUCGCUCCACUUUCCACGUUGCUGAUACAAGGUACUCUCCGAAUCUUGUUACCUACCACUGUAUUUAUUUUGCCUGCCCUUCUCCUCGCUUCAUACCUUGUGUCCGCCUCCCUUGCCGACUCCACAUUCCACCCUUCUAACUUAAAUCCGGCUCCCAUGGACACACGGGCUUCGUUUUCCCUGCUUUUUCUUCUUGUCAUUGGGCUAUUUCUUUUUGCAAGUUUCAUGAGCUUCUCUGCCGCGGAGAUGUCCGUUGUUACCAUGGGCGAACCUUGGGAUCGAUAUACACCUGCGGUUGGCAAAUUAGCUCGGAAACGAUUCUACUGUACCGUCGUCCGCUAUACCGGACAUGUCUUCUUUCCUCCCUUCAAUCUCCUACCGCUGCCUUUGAUUAUUCUAACCUUUGUUCGCUCUAUGUUCGGAUAUCCACAAGCGCCAAGAGUCAAGAAGGUGGAGAUAAUCAUAUGGAGGGUGAGUGUAGGGUUACUUGGCGCUGUGGUCGCAAGCAUCUGGCUUUGGGGCUCGGUCUAAGCCUCAUGUUCUGAAGCACUUGAUACACUCCAGAGUAUCGCAGUCCGUAACCGUAGAGAAUGUAAUUGAAUUGACGUCAUAUGAUU